GCCUGUGUUCCUUCCUCUUCCUGGGACACGAUCUCGCUGUUCCUAGACCCGAUUCACUCCGUGCCUGCUGGAACCCAUCCGGGAAUACCUCUUGUGGGAACUGCGAGCACCACGAGCACCACGUGCGACCCUAAAGCCCCUAAACGCUCCCGCCCGGCCGGGCCACAUGCACUGGAACCGGGCCGGCCAGGUGCGGCCUCCGGUGCACACGGAUCCAAAAUGACUGAAGGCAAGCCGCCACCAUGGACUAGGAGGCCCCAGCUCAAACCCUGGGCCAACCCACUCGCUGCAACUCUGCCUCUCUCUGGGAGGAAGUGUAGUUGCAUUGUGUGGAGACUGAGGGUAUGCAUCGCAGCAGCUCCAAGAGCGGAGUAGCCCUAGCUCCAGUGUCUCGAGGUCCUGAUGCCUGUCAGAUGAUAACCAGAGCCCAGCUCGGCCAGGAUCCCCCCCAAAGAACAGUCCUAGGGGUGCUAACUGAGAAUGGACAGUACAGGAGGCCGUGCGGCCAGGGGAUCACAACAAUCAGGUGUUUCUCUGGAUCAGAAAAUGUCUUCCCUCCAGCUGGAAAGAACGUGCUCUCUGACUGCACAGUCCAGGUGCCAGCCAAGCAAGUAUUUGAUAUCUACAUGGAUGAGCCUGAGCAGGGGGACAGAGACGGCGGCACAGGGAAAGAUGGGAUGGCAUUUGAGAAUAUGUAUGAGGUGGACACCAGCGCACUCAAGUCAGACCUUCACUUCCUGCUGGAUUUUAACACAGUUUCUCCAAUGGUGGUAGACUCAUAUCUCCAUUCCCAGUCUGAAGAUGCUUCAGAUUUUGGUACAGAUGUGAUAAACGUGACUGAAUAUGCUGAAGAAAUUCAUCAGUAUCUUAGAGAAGCUGAAAUAAGACACAGGCCCAAAGCACACUACAUGAGGAAGCAACCAGACAUCACAGAAAGCAUGCGAAUGAUUUUGGUGGACUGGCUCGUUGAGGUCGGUGAAGAGUAUAAGCUUCGAGCAGAGACUCUCUACCUGGCUGUCAACUUCCUGGACAGGUUUCUUUCAUGCAUGUCUGUUCUGAGAGGGAAAUUGCAGCUUGUAGGAACAGCAGCCAUUCUUCUGGCUUCGAAAUAUGAAGAAAUAUAUCCACCUGAAGUAGACGAAUUUGUCUACAUAACUGAUGAUACUUAUACCAAACGCCAACUGCUAAGAAUGGAACACUUGCUCCUCAAAGUCCUGGCUUUUGAUCUCACAGUGCCAACCACCAACCAGUUUCUCCUUCAGUACUUAAGGAGACAAGGAGUGUGCGUCAGAACGGAGAAUCUGGCCAAGUAUGUAGCAGAACUGAGUCUACUUGAAGCUGACCCAUUCUUGAAAUAUCUUCCUUCAUUGAUAGCAGCAGCAGCUUAUUGCCUGGCAAACUAUACUGUGAACAGGCACUUCUGGCCAGAAACCCUCGCUGCAUUUACAGGCUAUUCAUUAAAUGAAAUUGUGCCUUGCCUGAGUGAGCUGCACAAAGCAUGCCUUGAUAUACCUCAUCGACCUCAGCAAGCAAUUAGGGAGAAGUAUAAGGCUUCAAAGUACAUGCACGUGUCUCUGAUGGAACCACCUGCGAUUCUCCCUCUGCAAUAAGUUUCCUUCGGAAGCACUUUCAGAACUUCACCUCCAGAUCAACCGAAUUCGUCUUAACUUUUAUAGGUUUCUGCAGGUUGGGUCAACUAGUGUUGCUACAAGAUAGAUGCCAUAUUUUUAAAAAUGUAAAUGUAGUUAGGUCCUCUUAGAUGUUAGUAGCUUGUAAUGUCAUCUAACAUUUUUUAAACAAUAAAUAAACAACUUGUUUUGUGA